AUGCACAUCCACGGUGAAAGGCACCCGAGGCUUGUCACUGGAAAGCUGUGGAUGGUUAUCCAGGACGAGAGGGCGUUCAAGUUUGGGUACGGCACGAUGGGGGCAUCAGGGGUCGAAAUAUGCGGCCUCUGCCAGAACUGCGUGGCCCACCGUUCGAAGUGUUUGCCCGAUCCCUCUGGCUUCUUGGUGCCAUCAACCGAAUGCGACAUAUCUGCUUUCACGCCACGCACCGAUGCGAGCAUCAGGGGCAUACAGCGUCGCCUCAAGGAAGUUGCGGGCGGCCCAGUAAAGGCCAGGCUGGACGAGUUGCAGACUUGGCUUGGUUUCAGCUUCGUACCUACUGGUGUGCUCCAAUCUGACGCUCUGGCACUCGACAUGGUCACUACUUGGAGCUGGGACUGGAUGCGCUGCUACUGCGUCGGGGGCGUGCUGUGCAAAGAGCUCGACGCUUUGCUCACGAGGCUGAAGGCGUUGAAUCUUGGAGGCGAUUUGCUCAAGUUUAAAUGCUUGCUCUCGUGCUUUAUGCACGAGAGGAAGCACCGCACCGUCAAGCGGUGGGCGAACCGACGACAGAAUUUGCAGUCUUUUGACAAAGGGCUGCUCGAGGACUGCGUAGUGCAGCACUUGUACGAACUUAACAAUGGGCCAAUCGUUGGAACGGGGCUCAUCGAUCCCAGGCCAGCCCCAGAGCCAAUGAAGAGGGCCAUGCAUCGAGCGUUCAACAUCGCCGAUGGCGAUAUCCAGACUGCAAAGGCAGUCUCAGUCCUCAACAGGAGGGUGCAGAUGGGGGAUGUUUGCGCCUACGUCCUGGCUGACGGUCGGAUCGGGUUCGGCCAAGUGUGGUUUCACUGUGCUAUGUUUGGCGAAACUCUUACGUGCGUGUCCGCCUGGCAUGUGUAUGAGUCCUUGCCAGGGUACGUGAAAUGCUUGGCUCAGGAUGCGCCCGAGUUGGUCCAGUCGAGUUCGUUGUUGGAGGCUUGCGUUUUCACGCCUGCUCAGAUAGGCAAG